UCACAAAAUUCGGCCUAUUCACUAUCCAGUUAUAUAUAGAUCAGUGGUGAUAAGGGUAGGAGGUGAUAGGAGGAGGCAUGCACAUGAUGCACGUGGCGGUCGUGGGUCGUGAAUCGUGUUUACUGCCGCCGAUAGCUGUUUAAGUUUACGUAAUUUGUGCGUGUAGGAAUAAUUGACAGCGAGCGAAUCAUUAAUAAGACGCUAAUAAAAAAGCUAUUCUACGAGAAAUUGGAAUCCAGUUUGUUUCAAUCUAUGUUUAUUGUAAAGCGAGGUUAUAGAAUUGUUGAGUGAUUGCGGUGAUUGCCACUAAAAUUAUAUGGUUUUUCACUAAUAGUGGAAUAAGAUAUUAUCCCUCUUGCUUUCUUACGUAGAAGGCAAAAUUAUGGUACGAUAUUUACUUAAGUUUUCGUACAUUGGUACACAAUACAGGGGUUUGCAGAAGCAGAUUUCCGACAGUUUCAUACGGGAUACCGAUUCCAUCCAAGGUGCUUUAGAAACUGCUCUACUAACAGUUUCCCCAAAGAGUUUAAUUAGACCAGUCUUGACUCUUUCCAGCAGGACAGAUGCCGGAGUUCAUGCUUUAGGCAACACCGCUCAUGUAGAGCUUGAAAACAAACACAAUACGAUAUAUAAUUCAAUAAUUGUAAAAAAAUUUGUUAAUCGUUACUUUUCCAAAUGUGGUCAUACCAUUAGGUUACUGGAUUGUACACCUGUUACAAAUGACUUUCACUCAAGAUAUUCAUGUAAAUCUCGAACUUAUUUGUACAGAUUUAUGGUACCUAAAAUACCUGAAGAACAACGGAUAUCCCUCCCAGAAGCAAUACAUACCUACCAUUUAAGGUCAUACAAUUUCGACGUAGAUAGAGCGAGACGUGGUACACAGUUGUUUAUGGGAACAAAAGACUUUACCACGUUUAGUGCGAGAGCUGUAACAGAUCGCAAAAUCCAAUAUGUACGUGCCUUACAGGCUUUUACUUUAGAAGAGGCACAGCCUUUGAUGCCUUUUGAUCCCCUAUCCAAAAAUUUUACAUAUUGGCAUUUCACAUGUAAAGCAAGAUCUUUCUUGUACAAUCAGGUCAGACGAAUGGUCGGUGCUCUAAUCACGUUGGGAUUGGGAGGUAUAACAGAGAAAGAUAUCACUGUAAUGUUACAAGUACCUUCCCAUUAUAACUGGAACCCCCGUAUUACUCCUGUACCACCGAAUGGCUUACAUCUAUUGAAUGUAGAAUAUGAUCCGGAUGAAUUAAGACGUUGCACGAUAUUGGAACAGCAAGAAGAGAAACCACGAUCGGAAGAACAAAUGCGAGAAUUACAGUUGGAAGAGCAAAAACAAGAACUGCAGUUGAAAAAAUAAAAGACGAAAAAUAUAUGUUUCAAAAACUUAAUUGAAAUAAUUGAAAAGUAACAUUCUAUGU